AUGGUGAAUACAAAGGUGACGUCGAGAAAAUCUAAAGAGAUAUGCCCAGUGUGUUUUACUGAAGUGGACGGGAAAGAUGCCUGGACGAAUCAUGUGUUGAAGUGUGCUAGCAGCAUGCUGGUAUGCGAGAAAUGUCAUGUAUCCUUCAAGAAGAAGGAAUAUUUGGUGGAACACAUGAAGUUGAAACAUGCAGAAAGUGACGAAGUGUCGAAAGAGUCGUCGAAGGAUGAGGCGGGUCCUAGAAGUCUAUUAAAAAAUAACAGUGACAGUGAAAGUGACUGGGAUGAAGAUCGAGGGGUACAGUUGGAGGAAGCUCCAAAGGAAAAGGAUCCUGAACCACCGAGUAAUACCGCUAGCUUGCUGACAGGACGCAUGUUCAGGAAACGAACUGCACCUAGCCCAGUCCCUACUACAAGGAAAGUGGUCUGCAGACCUGAACUUGAUCUAGCUCAGAAGAGUGUGGAUGUGGGGACGCAGACCUAUUCCUGUACAGAAUGUAGAGUAGAUCAAGAGACCCAGACAGCGAGAUUUAGAAUGCAGGUGAAAGAAGUUACCGUAACCAAGUUUCAUGAAAACGGACGAAGUGUAGAGAACAUUGUUGAGAGAGAAGAGUUUUAUAAUAUGUAA